AUGCCAUGGUUAUCAAUUCUGGUGAUGGUAGUAAAGCCAGGAAAGAUGAGAAUAUGCACAGACCCCUGUGUUCUCAACAGAGCUUUAAAGAGAAGUCACUACCUACUGCCAACAAUAGAAGAUGUGUUGCCUGACUGCAAAGUAUUCAGUGUAUUAAAUGCCAAAAAUUGGUUUUGGCAUGUUGAGCUCAAUAUAGAAAGCUCUUAUCUCACAAACCUCAACACACCUUUUGGUAGCUUCUGUUGGCUAUAUAUGCCAUUCCGUAUUUCAACAGCACCGAAAGAGUAUCAGUGCAGGCUAGACCAAGCAAUAGAGGGUCUGCCUGGCAUUAAAUCACUUGUAGAUGACAUAUCGAUCUAUGGAGAAGGUGCCCCAUUUGAAGAAGCAACAGCAGACCAUGAUCAGAAGUCGUAA